AUGUAUAAAAUUAGUAACCCAAAUCAAUAUUUAAUAAAAACUGGCGCAUUCAUCAAAGAUAUAGAAAUAACAAAAAAAGGAUGGGUAUUACCCGGACAACAUUCAAGAUUCUUUGAUAUCACUCCAGUCAAUUAUACAUUGCAGUUGCAAGCCAUGUCUGCUGAAAGAUUGGAAUUCAAUUUACCAGCUGUGUUUACCAUUGGCCCAAAGGAUGAACCUGUGGCAUUAUAUUAUUAUGCUAAAUUGUUAUUUGCUGAUAAUAAAAACUCUGAAUACGUAAAGGAUUUGGUUAGAGGUAUUAUUGAAGGUGAAACACGUGUUAUAGCAGCUGGUAUGACCAUGGAAGAAAUGUUUAGGGAAAGAAGACGUUUUAAAGAAAAGGUUAUUAAAAAUGUACAAGCUGAAUUGGAUCAAUUUGGAUUAUAUUUACGGUAUAUUUAUGUGUUGUACCCAUAUCGAAUGAAAACACACGAAGGAGCUGUUCAACAAGCAACAGUUGACGUAUCAGAAGCAAAAUAUCGUGGAGAUGUUGGUGUUAAAGAGCGAGAGGGCUUGACUCGACAACUAACUUCAAAAAUUGAAGCAGAAACAGUUCUUGUAGAAAAUGAAUCUAAUGCAAUAAUUGCUGAAGCUAAUGCUACUCUUUCCACAAAGAAAUCUGAAUACGAUAAAAAUACAAAAAUAGCAGCAAUUGAAGCCACACAAGCUGCUAAAAUCUGGGAAUACGAACUUCAAAAAGGGGUUGAAGAACUUAGAUUAUUAUCAGAAACUGAAAGGCUCCGUGUGCUAUAUGCGUCAAAAGCUACCGCUGAAUAUGAAGCUUCAAAAUCUAUAGCCGAAUCAAAAUUUUACACAGCACAACAAGAAGCUGAAGCUCAAUUGUACAGGAAGAAAAAGGAAGCUGAAGGCGUCCUGCCAUUAUUUAAUGCUCAAGCUGAAGGUAUAAAGAAUUUGACGAAAGCAUUUGGCGAUACCGGUGAUCUAACAAUGGAAUAUUUAAUGAUUAAACAUGGUGCAUAUAAAGAUUUAGCUAGAGAAAAUGCUCAAGCAAUCAAAGGACUUGAUCCAAAAAUUACUGUUUGGAAUAAUAAUACUGUAGCCGUCGAAUGCCCUUAUGUCAAAUCACCAACACGAAAUUCCAAAUUUGAUUCUCAGAUUAUAAAUUCUAAAAAUAAUUUUAUAAUUAAUUUCGAGUGCCAAUUACCCGAUAAUAAGCAGUGUGAUAAAGCAAAAUUCGCAUUCGAAAAUUCUGGUGUAAUUCUCACUUCUGCAUUAUCAUUAAACACUCCAAUUAUAAUAAACGCUACCUUUACAAUCUUUGAUGGCCCAAUUGCAGAUUUAAUUGGCGCAGCAGGUCCUUUUAGAUUUAUGCCGUUAAAAGACAACGAUGGUAUUGAAAGAUUAUAUCCUCAAGCAUUGGUUAAACAAUUUCAAUUUGAUUCGCAUCCAGAAUUUUCAUCGGCUGAUAUUGUAGCUCAAUUUAAUUCAAAAUCACCUUUUUGGUUUGAAGGUGACCCGCCAAUCCGUAAAGAUCAAAUUGGUUUUCAAGAAUUGGUUUUGCAUGAACUUUUACACGGGUUGGGAUUUAUUUCGAGUCUAGAUGAUUACAUCCAUCCGGUACCGAAGAUAAUCACACCUGAAAUAGUUGGUCUAAAAUAUACGUCCGAUGGAGUUGAUACUAAAUCACCAAUAAAAUUCAAAGGUUUCAUAGAGAUGGCAUUUGAUAAAUACAUAGUAUUCUUAUCUGACGGCAAAUUAUUAUCCAAUACCACGGCGCAAAUCAAUCAAUUAUUCACAGGUAGUGGUGAUACAACCAGUUUUGCUAAUCUCGACGCAUUUAUUAAAGCCUUUUCAACAACUCCACAAUUUAAAAUUGGCCAAAAAAUGCUUGAUGUUGUUACCAAAGAAAAAACUUUGGGAUUUUUACCACACGAUAAGAGUUCAGUCAAGGAUAGCGUUAUAUUGGAAACUUCUUUAAAACCUUUUCAACAUGCUUCAAGUAUAAGCCACGUUGAUUAUAAAACGUAUACAAAUACAUCUGAAUUUUUGAUGACAUUUCUUCAAGAAUCUGGAAGAACGCUUAAUGACUCCAUUGCUAUAGGUGGAAACCUUAAUGCGGGUGCAAUUGGUCCUCAAACCUUGUCCAUUUUGGAAACUUUAGGGUAUGAAUUUUUAAUAAAUUUUAAAUUAUCAAUUGAAAGGUUGUAUUUUUUAUAA